AGUGUUGCCGGAUUGCACGAACCGGCGCUUGUAACAAGGAGAAACCGCUCCAAUAGAACCGUGGCCUGAACUCUACUCCAUAGUCAGUUUUUGCAUCUGAUCUGCGGCGGACGGACGCGGCUAGCCGCUGAGAACGCGAUAUGCACGAGCAUGUCGUAUGACACGUGUGACAAGUAGUGUACGACUGUGGCGUUGCUACACUUGGGCAGAGAUGAUUAUUGCUUAUAAUAAAAGGGGAGAGAAAGAAAGACAGAGAGCAUAAGACAAAGAGGAAGAAAUAGAAAGAGACAAUAAAGAAGGGAUAGAGACGAAGGAAAAUAAACGUUUUUAUCUAGAUUGGUACUUUUUCCGUAAUUCUCGUUUGUGCCGAUGUAACACCGAGUAGAGUAUACGAAACAGUACCGGCGGACACAAUUAUGUUACCAGUGAGACGACGACGACGACAACGACGCGCCAUCAGUAUAAUCACCCACGCACCGUCAUUAUCCGUCAUCGCCGUUUGCACAGCCGCCGUCGGAAGACAUCUCGAAGAACCGCUCGCAAACAGUUAGACCGCUCUAUUUUCGCGUUAUUAUCUGACCUUUUAUUUCUCGGAGUAAUUUAUUCUGGAUAGCCUUGCGAAAAACAGCAUGAUUAGUGGAAAUAAAGAAAAAAAAAACGAGAGCACGAAAGUUCUAGAUCCGUGAACACAAACGUGAACACGUGGUCAAGUGAUUAAUAUAUUUAAACUGAUAGUACAGAGAAAAGAGAGAGAGAGAGAGAAAGAGAAAAACUAAGAGAUAGAAAAAGUAAUAUGUAUUUACAGAUAAAUAAAAUCUCUGUCCUUUAGCCGGUCAAUAGUUUAAGAAAGAAUAAAGAGUCGACGCUGUCGGAGCUAGAGAAAGAAGCACGGCUGUAACGGACCAUAGUUCGAGAAAGUAUCUUCUCGUGAGAAGCUCAUCCAUCAGGACAUGGGAGAUCGCUAUAUCUGUGCAAAUUAUUAUAUUGCAGAUUUUAGGAAUGCGGGUACGGGCGGCAAGAGAAGGUGAUGAUUCACGAUUGAGGUGGUUAAUUUUUCUGAUUGCGGUGGUAGCGGUGGUGGCACGAGUCGCGGGUGCACCCUCGGAUACGCUGCCAAUAUUUACAUCGGACGCGUCAUCAGGAAUAAAAUGUCCCGAUGGUUGCGAGUGCGCGAAUACCAACAACGGUGGCACUCUGAAAUGCACGGGACGCAGCUUCGUCAGUCUCGUCCUGCCGCAAAACGUUACGAACGUGUCGCUGAGAGAUGUUCAGGUAAUCGUGAUUCGGGCGACCGAUCUGGAGAGAACUGUCAGACUACGAAGUUUGACUUGGUCAUCAAGCGGCGUCGAGAGAGUAGAGUCGGGCGCGUUUCACAAUAUCGUACACCUCGAGCGACUCGAUUUAGGUGAUAAUCAUAUAACCGACUUGCCGUCGGACGUCUUCCAUCCAUUGCAUCAACUUCAGUACCUGAAUCUCACUGGAAACCGGCUGGCCGCCCUGUCACAACAGCUGUUCCAUCAUCUGGAUCGCCUGCAGGAAAUCCGUCUGGCGACGAAUCUACUUUCCGUACUGCCUUAUCAGGCGUUCACAUUCGUUAGAGAGCUUGUACGGCUCGAUCUCAAUAAUAACCGGCUGGUCUCGCUGCCAGACCAUAGCUUCCAGCCGAAUCGACAGCUACAAGAAUUGCGGUUGGCCGGCAACCGACUGACAAAACUCCCGUCGCGACUAUUCUCUGGAUUGAUACAACUGAAAGUGCUCGAUCUCGCCAAUAAUGAAAUCGACGCGUUACCGCGUAGCCUCUUCAACGACCUCAAGGCCUUGGAACAUCUCGAUCUCAGUGGUAAUCCAAUCGCGCAUCUCGUGGAUACUGCAUUUCAAGGCCUCACAAGUCUACGAUGGCUCGAUCUGAGUCGUUUGCCGAUCUCAGCGCUGCCCGGUAACAUCUGGCGACCUGUCAGCAGGCUGCGAACUCUCCUGUUAUCCGGAACCAAACUGGAGAAUCUUCGGAAUAAAAAUCUGGCUGGUUUGGUCGAAUUAGAGACUCUGGAGAUUACGAAUAGCCCGCUAAGGGAAAUCGGCCAGAUGACUCUGAAUGAAACCCCGUCUCUGCGUAGAAUCGACUUGCAUAACAAUGAGUUAACUUUCCUGCCAGCAAAUGUGGCGCAUCUAAGGUUACUGAACGAGCUGCAAUUACAGGGCAACUCGUGGGCCUGUGAUUGCCGUAUGUUCUGGUUUAUCAAGUGGGCGGAGAGCAGGGCGCAACAUCUGCGUGGUACAAUUUUUCAAAGCGGACUCAAGUGUGGCCACGAGGUAGGCAGCAAUGUGGAUAUGCUGCAGACGUUACGUUAUCUUGAAUGUAGUCCACCGAGUCUCGUACAAACUACCAAACCUCAGCAGUAUCUCCUCCUGAGUUCAGUGCUACUGGAAUGCGAGUUUAGCGGAAAUCCCGCACCCUCCUUGACUUGGGUGACCCCGAGCGGUCUGAUACUUCAUUGGGUGCCAGAUCCAGGUUUUCCCGAUGCGUUUGUCGAACAUCCGAAGGUGCACAGCUGGUUGUCAGAUCAACCGGUCGUCGAUGACGGCCGUAUUCGCGUCUUGGAUAAUGGCUCUCUUUACAUCGCAACAUUGCUGCGGCAGGAUGUGGGCAAGUACAAGUGCACAGCGGUCAAUCCGAUUGCCAACGAGACCGUCUACAUAACGCUGCACAUGGAUCCAGUUACCUUGCACAAUAUCAAGAUCUUUAGCAUCGUCGUCGGCGCGAUUAGCGCAAUAGUGUUUCUUCUGCUGACGUUGGCGGUACAGCUGCUACGAUACUUAUUCUAUAAGUGCGGAUGCAUCAGAUGCUGUCUGUGUUGUAGAAACGUAGGCGUGACACCACGGGCCAAGCAGAUCUACCAGAUGCUCGACAACAUUGAGCAAUAUAAGAGCCAACAGCUCGAAAAAUUGAGAGAAAACUACACGCAGCAGGUACACAGAAUUAAAGACAAUUGCGUUCAGCAAGUGGAAUGGAUCCGCGAUAGUUACGAGGGUCAAAUGCAACAUAUACGAGAUAUACGGGACUACGGUACCAGUCAUCUGACCGCGCUAAGAGAUCAAUACUAUGAUCAGGUGAAAAGAGUACGGGAUUAUUCCACCGGCCAGCUGAACUGGGUACGCGAGAAUUAUGUCUUCCAACGGAACAAGAUCCGCAAGUUCAGCGCUCAUCAGGUGUUGCGGUUGCGUGAAAGUUACAAGUACCAACAGCAAACGCUGGCCAAGGUGCUGGAGAACUUGCCGAAUCUGUACUUCGACAACUGCCGGAGCGGCUCGUGCGGCAAAAGUGACUCUAUGGUAUUCGAUCCUACCAGGGACGACCUCAACGACAUGGAUACCUAUUUCAAGGCGAAGAUCGACGAUCUGGUGACGGGUGCGAGUCUGGAGGAUGUCAACAGCGAAUAUUACACGCCGACCGAGUUGUCAUCGACCAGUCCGCACGGUCAGAACAUGAUAGAAGGUAUUCAUAUCAAUUACAUCGAGGAAAACGGCCCACCGCCAUCUCUGGAUCUGCCUUCAAUAUUGCCUGCUUCGACAGUGCUACAAUGUAUCGAUGAAUAUAGCAGCACGUUGUCCAUGUAUAGAAAUUGCGAGAAUGACAGGCCGAUAUUCAAAGGCUCCAACGGUACAGUUUUGGCUAAGGAACCUCGAAGAGAGACUCCGGAAGUCUUGGGGCUUUUAGCACCUAGCAACAGUCUACCUGAUCUUCCACGCGAAACUAAACUUUAGCCGGCAAAGAAAUUAAAGCGCAUUAAAGUGGCCAAGAAUAGGUUCCUGCUAUCAUUUAAGUUAUAAGAAACAUAAGAGACAAGAAAUUAUUCUCAUGAUGGAACAGGAGUGAAACGUAAUAGAAUGGAUUAUUGUCAUCCUGCGUCCGACAAGUAGCAAUCGCGUCUUCGAUUAUCGUCAUCAUGCGUCCGAUAAAUGGGAAUUGCAUCUUCGAUAUUGAGGAGAUCGCAUGAAGCUUCUUCCGCUUUUAAUUGCACGACUUCAAGGAGUGUUCUAGAAGACAGUUCAAGAAGAUCCGUGUCAGUGCCAAGAGAAACGGGAGAUUCUCUGCCAAGACCGAUAACUAUCGGUCGAUCGCAGGGAAAAGUGUGUGCGUGUAUUAAUUUAGAAAAACAAAAAAAAUUGCGGCCAGUUUUCAAGGACUUUCUUGAUACAAUCGGCCUUGUAAACUGUCCGCCUUUUGUCUAGCAACGUGUGGUUUUUUUUUCAUCGGUGUCAUCGUUUAUGGAUGACUUAUCAUACGAAAAGAUAUUUAAAAAAAAAGGGGGAAUGCGAAUUGCAUUUCGCGACAUCUCAUCAACUCGGCUGUAAAAUUAAAAUUUCCUCUUACAAGCGAUGGGAAGAAACUUCGCUUAGUUGUCAAUUCCACAAGUCUUAAGAUUGCGAGUUCCACAAAGGAAUUAUUUUCAAUCUUUUCUGUAAAUAGGCGUGUGCAUGAAAGUUUUAUGUAUUCAGUGAUACCGCGAGAAAAAGACGGUUUAUCCUCAUUGUGAGACUGAAGCGGCGAGAUCGACACGGCAGCAAUCGUUCGUUUUAAUUGCUUUUCGUCCUUUUCAUCACGAUUCUCUCGCGAAUAAAAAGCGACGAAAAACAUAAGCGUCGGUUGCUUGCGUUUUUCUUCUUUUUUUAAUCGCUUGUGUUUAGCGUAGUAGGUUACAAAUUGUACGAGACAUAAAAGUAUAUACCUAUAUAUGGAGAAAGAAAAGAAGGAAACAUACCAGAAAGUAACCAACGUACGUACUUAAUUUUUUUUAAGCAAUAUAUUUUUAAUCGAUCGGAUUUAUUGUUCGCGCGAGAAAAAAAAUGAAAAAGAGGGAGAGAAAAUUAUAAUAAAGAAAAAUUAUAUUGACUGUUAGAUCUUUCGAAGCAGCGUUUCAGAGAAAGAAAAUUGUAUGGAUUUAAUUGCAACGAAGAUGCUCUUAUACAAAUUUUGCAAUGCCCCUUUGUUGAAUAAAUCUUGAAUCGUCGCCAAGCA